AUGAUUGCGCUGUGCAGAGCCAAAUGUUUCAUUCUACAUUUGCGAGAGGAGUCGUGCAGUAUACCGAAUGCUCAAAGAGGCUUGAAAGGCAACGUGAUCAUUUUCCUGCAACGUCCUUCGAAAGUGUUGGAGAUGCUUCCUCCAUCAAUUGAAGAUGUAUUAACACCGAUAUGUGUUUUAUUUGUCGGUUCAUCUCCACCAACUACUGAUUGGUUGCACAAGCAUGCCAAACCGUUGAUUGUGCGUAAGGAGAAAGUCCGGUCAGCAUUAGUGUGGUUGUGUGAACAUAACAUACUCUAUAGCAAUGUGCUCAUCAAUCAUGACUGUUUGGAUUCGAUGAGUGAGGAAGAUAUUGUGCCAGUUCAUAUUGAAACUGUGCCUGAGGAUGAUGCACGCGCCCAAGAUGUGUUGACCUCACAAUACGAUGGUGAUCAUAAUUGCGAUGCAGAUUCAUCAUUUGACGAAGAACCUAUUCUUAGCAACAAAGUUGCAGACUCGAGUACAGCAUCAUCUGCUGAGGAUGUCUUCCAACAUGUCGUUAUCACUGAUGUCAAUGGCAAUGCUCCAAGUCAUGAAUUGCAUGCAGCCGCACUUCACCAUGUGAAAGAAAAGAGUGGUGGUUUUAUACAAGUCCCGCAUGGGCUGAAUCCUAUGAACGAAUACAUCAAUCCUGAGUUACUCCCAAAGGUUUAUCCUACUCUGUUUCCAUAUGGAGUUGGGGGGUUUGAGCAUCCUCAUCGAACAAGUCCAAUAUCGUUUAAACGCCAUAAAAUUGCUCUUACAUACCAGUUUAAAAGUCAAACGGACUUUAUUUGGUACAGUGUCACAAAGUUUUGUGUCUGUGUCAUCAGCAGCGGUUCAUACGGUUGCUGA